AUGAAAAAAUUGGACAGUUAUCAUGUGAUGAUUGUAUCAAAGUACUUCCGUUAUUUUCAAGACUUUGUUUCACUCGAAAGUGUUUGUAAAAAGUUUCAAGGCACUAUGUCAAAAUUCCAUUUUAACCCAAUUCCAUUGAACACGAGAACUAUUAAAUACUUCCCAUCUAUUGAAACACUUAAUUUAUGGCACCAAAAUGAAGAGUCUUUUGGCAACUCAGUUGUGCCUUCUACAUGUGAUACAUCAUAUAGAAUUGAACAAAAGAAAGAGUUUUUCCGUGUUGUGUUUUGGUACAAUGUUUCAUAUUCUAUCACUCAAAAAUUCAAAACCUCAAACUACGUUUUUAAGUGUGUUAUAUUAGACAUAUUCAAUAAAAAAAGUUUAACUGAACAACUUUCAAAACUUGAACCUCUUCCCAAAAUAACUGCUUUAAAUGGAGUGCCUAAUGAAGAGAAACCAAUCUCAAUUCCAAAACAAAUAACAUAUUUGGGUGAUUCAAUUUUUAUCUACAACACUAUGGCUUCGAUUAAUUUGCCACCAUAUUUGCGUGAGCUUGGGUCAAAAGCAUUUUACAAGUGCGAGAACCUUUUGUCUAUAACACUACCAGAUACGUUGACCAUUCUCAGAAAAUUUUGUUUUUGUGAUUGUAAAGUUCUGAGUGAAGUUGUGUUACCGAAAUACUUAAAAAUGUUAGACAACGAUUGUUUCUAUAUGUGCUUUAAAUUAAAACAAAUUACUCUGCCAGACACAAUAAGGUUUAUUGGAAAUUAUUGCUUCAUUGGGUGCACUUCUAUGACAUCAGUGAACAUCCCAAAGGGUAUCAAAGUGCUUCCAAAUUUCUGUUUUCGUGGGUGUAGCAGUCUUCAUGAUAUUAAAAUUCCGACCAAUGUCGUUGCAAUAAAAGAAAAUUGCUUUUCCUUAUGUGGGUUGUAUACAAUUGAAAUUCCAGAGUCUGUUCAACAGGUUGGAGAUAAUGCCUUUUCUGGGUGUUCUCACCUAUCUGAAGUAUUCUUCAAAAGUAGUAUAAAAACAAUUACACGACAUUCAUCAAUUUCAACAGACAAAUUAGUGCAACUCACCUCGAUUCAAGGAGUCUCAUCGAUUGGAAAAGAGUGCUUUGCCAAAUGUUCAGAACUUUCUGUCGUUAACUUACCCAACACAAAUGUCACACUGGGAAAGAACUGCUUUUCUUGUUGCCCAAAGUUAAGUUCAAUCACUUAUCAACAAGAUACUGAAGUCAAUGCCACUUCGACCAUUUGA